CAUAAAGCUUGUGCUGUCCGAGAUAUUUGGUCAAAAGGUGAUUUGGUGUGAUUUUUCACAUUCACCACAUUGUUGGGAGCCUCACUCAUGGUGCCUUGACACCGCUUCCACAGUCCCGUCCCUCCAUCAGAGGAAGGCCGCAGUGCUCUGUGUCAUGCCCCCCCACACCCACCCCCCUGGGGGCACUGGCCUUCCCCCAGCUAGCGCCACUAUCUACCACUGCUACUUGGCCAAACCAGUCUUCCUCUGUGUCCUCUGCCUCCUAGCUGCAUUGCUGCCGCCGGCCUGCUCCUGCCCUCCUCCCUGUCUCUGCUCCUCGGACAGCCUGGUGGUGGACUGCAGAGGCCGGGGUCUCUCCUCUCUGCCUCCUUUGCACCUCCUGCCUCCAAGGAGCCGCUCACUCCUGCUAACCAACAACAAACUCGCCUCGCUGGGAGCAGCUGCCUUUGCUAACCUCACUUCUCUGGAGGAGCUGGACCUCUCCAAUAAUUACUUGGAUAAUUUACCAGCCGGAUUAUUCAGAGACAUGUCCAACCUGACAAGAUUGACUCUACACAACAACUCCUUAACAGUAAUGGACAGAGACCUCUUCCAGGGUCUGAGCGGUCUUCAGAGUCUAGACCUGUCAUUGAAUGGUCUGUCCACAGUUCCUCUCGGCCUACUGGAUGAGUUGCAGAGCCUAAGGUGGCUGUCCCUAGCGGGUAACAGGCUUCAUGGUUUGGAAAGGGCAGCAUUUGAGCCGCUGGCCAAUCUGCAACACCUGGAACUGGGACAUAACCCCUGGGAAUGUGACUGCAACCUCCGCGAUUUCAAACACUGGAUGGAGUGGCUGCUGUACAGAGGGGGGAAGGUGGAUGCGGUGGAGUGCACACUACCGAAAGAUCUGCGUGGGCGAGACAUCCGUGGCGUUCCGGUGGAAAUGUUCAACUAUUGCCUCCAACUCGAAGAUGAGAACGGAGGGGGUGAGGGUUCUCGUUCGGGACAAGGAGGCGGUCCUCCCUGCAGCAGGAACGCUUUCAAUCCCAGCGGGUCGACGCCAGCUCCACAGGACUGCACCCGCUCUCGCUACCGACCUGUAAGCGUGCGGCGCGCCAUCGGUACGGUUGUAAUUGCCGGCGUGGUGUGCGGCAUUGUUUGCAUAAUGAUGGUGGCUGCCGCGGCUUACGGCUGUAUCUACGCCUCCCUGAUGGCCAAAUACCAGAGAGAGCUAAAGAAGAGGCAACCGCUAAUGGGGGACGGAGAGGCCGAUGGAGAGGACAGGGAUGAGAAACAGAUCUCCUCUGUUGCCUAA